GACUAACUUAAUAGUAGUGAAAAUUAAGUAAUCGCAGUAGUACCAACAUUUUAAUAUCUCGAAAUAAUUUAUUGCAUAAAGACAAAAAAGCUUGAAUACUUGAUGCUUUUUAUUCAAUUCGAUCGUGAUUACGUAGAAUUACUUAACAUGGUACAAAUAGUACUUUUAUCAAUUUCUUUUAUUUAUUAUGUUUAUUUGUCAUUUCUAAAUAUUUGAAAAAUCGAAUAAUAUAAAUACUUUUUAUACGUUGUUUUGAUGUACUCUUAUUUUUCUUAUACAUUCGUAAUAUUAUAUUUUAAACAAAUGGUUUAUGAACAUAAUUUGUCAGAAUCAACCGAUAACUAUAACCAGUUUAUUUUCUAAAAUAUUAUGUUGUAAAAUGAUGGAGAUAAAAUAGAAAUAAUUCUUCAAUUAAAGAAAACCUUGUACGUACCAUGAUCAUAAGAUAAAGCUGCUAUGUUAGGAAAUUAUGUUUCAUAUCAUUAGCCAAAAAGAAGAAUGGGAAACAUACAUAUAUAGUUCGCAAAUAAUGCUUUAUCAUGUCAUUACUGAAUCAUUUCAACUGUCUUGCUAAGAUAUGUAUUACUUAAAGAACCGUAGUUAUUUCACUAUUGAUAAUAUAUAGAUUGCAGAUUUUUACGCAAAUUCAUUUUUUUGAAAAUAUAAUUAAAAAGGUAGAGCCUCGGUAGAAAAUUUUACCUACCAAAUAUUAUAGAAAGCAUUAUACUUUGAAUACUUUAUAUAUAUUUUCAUGCGUAUUCUGUGUAAUUUUGUACUUUCAAAUUAGUAGUUUAAGCGUAGUCUAAUAAUAUAAUACUCAAUAGAUUAUAGGGACAAAAUGAUGGAUAUAUUUUUAUGAAUAUUUUGUUAAAAUUAAUGAAUCCUUUUGGUACUAAUUGUAAUAUCUCCGUAAUUAUCCCUGAACCUGCAAUAGUGCCGCGUUAUUUGACCGAAGUUUUGCCUUCAGUUCAUUGACUGUUGCUAUUCCCAUUAGUUUUUGGAAGUAAUUUCAUUCAGUAAAACCGAAUAUGUCUGUUUUAAUAAAAUAUCAAUUCCAUAUUUUGUACUAAGGUAUUAUACUUGCACUUAAUGAGGAACACUUAAGAUUUCCUGAAACUCUAUUUUUCUUAAGAAUUGGUUAGAUAUGGUCCUGAGCCGCAGUCAGUUAACGUAAAAUUACGGUGACUCUGAUUUCGUGAGCAGGUACAUUAAUUUGUGACAAUAACGGGUAUUUGCGUCUUGCCGUUCAAUACUAGCCAUAGUUAUUUUUUAAUCUACAUAUGCAUACAUAUGUAUUUUUAUGAUAACGUUAUUCAAUAAAAAAGAAAGAGAUGGAGAAAGUAUUACAUACAUUAAAUACAAAAUUAAUUGCUGCAAAUAAACAUCAAGAUCUGAUUAAUAAAUACAAAACAUUAUGUACAGAUGAAGAACGUAUAGUAUUUACUCUUAAUGUUAUGCUAGAAUAUAAUAUAAUUCCACAAGCUUGUGGUGAUAUAAAAGAUGCAAAGGAAUCUGAGAAAUUGAGAGAACAAGGUAAUAAACUAUUUGUUUCAACACCAUUGAAAAAUUAUACAUGUGUGGACGCAUUAAAAUUAUAUACAAAAAGCAUAGCUUAUGCUCCUUAUCCAUCUGAACAACUUGCUUUGGCAUAUGCCAACAGAUCUGCUGUUCUAAUGAAGUUACAUAAAUGUGAGUUAUGUAUUCAAGACAUAGAUAGAGCACUAGCACUCACAUAUCCAGAUAAUUUACGUGCUAAGCUUUGUGUAAGAAAAGUUGAGUGUUUAAAUGCUCUGAAACAUCCUCGUAUGGAAGAUGCCAUAAAAGAAGCACAAUAUUGGUUGGAAAAGAUGUCUUCAGAUGAUAUCAACCGAAAAAGAUUAAGUGAAAAACUAAAUAAUACAAAACACAAUUUAGCAUCUCAAAAGUUGAAGAAACAGAAUAUCAUAAAACAACCACCGCUUCCUAAGAUAAAAACUCGUAAUAUUGAAGUUCCUUGUGCUUCUGAUGCAGUAACUAUAAAGUAUAAUGAAGAAUAUGGUAGACAUAUUGUAGCUACUCGUAAAAUAAGACCUGGUGAAGUAAUUGCAGUAGAAAAGCCAUACUCAUUAAUAUUAACACCUGAUAAUAUACAUACACAUUGCUCAAAUUGUUUGGAGGUGUCUUGGGCCAAUAUACCUUGUGAGCACUGUACAUAUGCUAUGUAUUGUUCAGAGGAAUGUAAGGCUAUGGAAUGGAAAAAGUAUCAUGAUGUUGAAUGCACAGUAUUUCCCUCUAUGUUAAAGAUGAAUUUUGUCAAAUUAGAUCUGUUUAGUUUAAGACUUGCAAUUCAGGCUGUGAGAGAAGCUACAAAUAUACAAGAACUAAGGAAGGAGUUAAAAGAAGUUGAUAGUUGUGUUGCUUCUCGAACAAAAGGUUUUUCUAAAGAUGGAACUUUUCCUAGUGAUAAAUAUAGGAGUUUAUUAGGUCUUGUGACUAAUACUGAAAAACGUUCAGUACAAGAUCUCUUUAGAAGAUCUUUAGAUGCAAGCUUUAUUUUAUAUUUUGUAGCAACAUGUACUAAUAUGUUUGGAAAUCCAUUAAGCAAAGAUUUAUCUGUGUUAAUAAAAAAUGUUGAUGUUACAUUUGUUGGCAGUCUUAUUUUGAGACAUCAGCAAAUGAUUCCUAGUAAUAUUCAUAGUUUCUCUGAGGAAUGUGGAUUAGAGGCAGUUGAACGUGGUGCUGCAGCCAUGCCAUUCUCCAGCUUAAUUAAUCACAGUUGUAAUCCAAAUAUCUUAAGGCAUUCAAGAUCUAAAUAUGUUAUUAUCUAUGCUAUAUAUCCUAUUGAAGAAGGUGAACAGUUAUAUGAUAUUUAUACCCAACAUUAUGCUAUUACACCAAAAGCUGUGAGACAAAAAAAACUUUUGAAGCAGUAUUAUUUUAAGUGUAAUUGUCUACCAUGUCAAGAGGAUUGGCCACUAUACUAUAAUCUAAAAUCUUUCAGAAAUUUAGUUAAGAAGGAGGAAGAUAAGAACAGGAUUAGACAUGUGUUAAGAAAAUUUAAUAGAUAUGUUGAUAUUGCAACAGAAGGAAAUAUAUCGGAUAAACAUAUCGUUGAUGAUUUGUUAAAAAUGAUUGAAGUACUAUAUGAAUUGGUGCCAAUGCCAAGUACAGAAAUGAAUAAUGUAGUAGAAACUUUGAAGCGUGUCUACGAUUUAAAUGGAAAUCGAUUUGAAAUCCCUGAACUGUAAGUAAAGUCUUAUAUGAUAAAAUUUAUACAAAACAAAAUUUUAAUAUGUUUUGUAUAAAAAUAAUGUGUAAAAUAAUGUGUAAAAAUGUGUAUGAAAAAUAAAUGUGUGUUUUAAACUA